UCAGAGGCCAGUGACAGAAGCCUUCAGGAGGAAGCGCGGUGUGCUGAGUGUGUCUGAUGUCACUGGAACCGCAGGCGGACACAGGUGGUAUCGGUUUGGCUGUACCGCUGUGCUCCCUCCUGUUUCAGUCACCAUGAAGCUGAUAUCAUGCAGUGCUGCUGGAGCCGCUCUUCUCCUGUUGCUGCAUUGCUGUCAGAUAGCCAGCAUUCCUGGACAGAAGUCUGACUGUGCAUUAACUGUGGUGGAGGGAGGAGGUGCUGAUGAAGAAGCAGAGGUGACUGUUGAUGAAGGAGAUUUAGAAGUGGUCCAACCUACUGAGGAUUGGCAAACGCUCAAAGCAGGCCAAGCAGUGCCAGCAGGUUCCCAUGUGAGGCUGAAUCUGCAAACAGGACAGAGGGAGGUCAGACUGGGAGAAGAGCAGCUUAAAUAUUGGACACAAGAACACAGAGAGAUGGAAGAGAUCCGGUCCACCAUCAGUCCUGAUGAGCUGAAACAGGCCAUGAAGAAGAUGGAGGACCUGAGCCCAGACACUGUGACAUCCCAGUACCGUCCCCUGGAGGAGCUAAAGAGAGACUUUGCUCAGCUGGACCUGCUGGUGGAGACUGAUGUUCAGAUAAUGAAGCGCCUGCUGGACCAGUUUCACAGCAGCAACUCGACCACGGAGCAGAAGCUGAGCAUCCUGCUGGAGCUGGAGUAUCUGGUGCAUCAGGUGGAUAACGCUCAGAACCUGUGUUCGAUGGGGGGUCUCCAACUCAUUGUAGAAAGUCUGAACAGCACUGACUUCAGAUUUCAGGAAAGCUCUGCCUUUGUUCUGGGAUCUGCUGUGUCAAGUAACCCGGAGGUUCAGGUGAAGGCUGUGGAGAGUGGGGCUCUGCAGAUGCUCUUAACUGUACUGGCCACUGCACAGCCCCUUAGAGUCAAAAAGAAGGUUCUGUUUGCAGUGGCCUCCCUCUUACGUAACUUCCCCUACGCACAGCGCCACUUCCUGUCACAUGGAGGGCUGCAGGUUCUAUCAGAGCUGUUCAGGGCAGAUGGAGGUGGAGUUCUGCGUACACGCAUUGUCACCAUGUUGUAUGACAUGAUCAGUGAGAAGGAGCUGAUCUCUCAGGGUGGUCUGGACCGGGUGCUGGAUGCCUCCCAUGAGGAGCGGGUGCGUCAGUACUCUAAGGUGUCUCUGCAGGGGGAGCUGCUGGAUAAGGGCUGGUGCAAUCUGGUCCCACAGCUGCUGGAGUCCACUGAGCAUGACUACAGAGAGAAGGCUCUGCGGGCGUUGGUGGCGAUGGCUCCAAUGUGUCUGGAUCAUUACCGCUCAGACAGGUCUCUGCUGGGCUCUCUGCUCUCUCUCAGAGACCAGUACCAGGAAAUGGUCCAGUCAGAAAUGAUUGUAGGAGAGGAGAACAGCUACUUCGCAGAGAUUGUAGAACUUAUAAAUGCUCUACAAGUCAAAAUGAAAUUAUGAGAUGAUUGCACGGUGGCAUUUUACAUGGCAAUGCAGAGAGAGAGAGAGACUUAUUGACUGUGUGGAUGAAACCAUCACUCUUCAAACGCAUGGCCAACAACAGAAGAGCAAACUCCUCAAGACAUUGCAACUAAAGGACAAGGGGCACACCUUUGAGGACACAAAUGUUGGGCUGGCCCAGUAGAUGGUGGAUUCAUUGGUUAGUCAGUAUGAGCUUGAGCAGCCAAAUUUUAUUUGUUGGCCUUAGAACCUUUUUUUGGAUGUGGGUGCGGAUGAGAAUAAAGGUGUAUUUUUGACUUUGUGUUCAUAAUUUAAGAAUGAAUUUAUGUAAAAAUGAUGUAUUUGUGGAUUUCCUGUAGGGUUACCUUCAAAUUAUACUAGGAAUUCUAGUGUUAAAAGUCGAAGCUAUACUCCACCUCGGCCAAGGAGGUUGAGUAGCAGCCAUUUUUGACUCAAGCCGAUUAAAAACCUAAACUAAAUUAUAACUCAUUUGAAAGCCUGGUUCUUAGUUUUUCACGCCCAACCUGGAAAACAAUACAGCCAGUUCUAUUUGUUAUAGUGUACCUGGCCCCAGGUCCAUAUUCUGAAUUCCUAUCAGAGUUUUUAUCAAAUCUAGUCCUUAAAACAGAUUAUUCGUUAUUGUAGGUGACUUUAAUGUUCAUGUAAAUAUUGAUGACAGCUUUAGUACUGCAUUCUUCUCAUUAUCAGAUUUGAUUGGCUUCCGUCAGUGUACAGAAACCCACUCACUGUUUUAACCACACCCUCGACCUGGUUCUGGCUUAUGGUUCGUAUAGGCCUCAGUAGUAGUGACUUCAUGAACUUCUUCAAUGAUAAGAUUAUAACUACUAGAGAGAACAUUAAUAAUCUACUACCCUCAACCAGUACUGAUCUAUCCUCAAAUAGAGUAACCUUAGAAACGGCUGUAAACCCUGAUAUGUUUAGAUGGCUUUACUCCCAUCAACCUUGACAAACUGACUUCAACAAUUUCUACGUCUAAACUGUCUACCUGUCUUUUAGACCCUAUACCGACUAGGCUGCUUAAAGAAGUGUUACCUUUAGUUAGCCCGUCUUUACUAGAUAUGAUCAACCUGUCUUCACUAACAGGCCAUGUA